AGGGAGAGGGGGUCUGAGGAAUACCGUCUCUUAUUCUGAAGCCGGCCGCCCGCGAGAAAGAACGAAGAUGCUGAAACAAUGCUGCGCUUUUAUGACGCUCCUGGGGCUGGCGUUGGCACAACCGCCAUGCACGGACAUUGAGUUUGGCUGUCCAGAAGGUUACGUCUGUGAGACGCCGGAGCAAGGAUGUUCCAGUCAUUGCCUUUGCAGAGAUCCGUCGCGAAACGUUACUAUGUCUGAAGACUGUCCAGUACGCCUGAGGCCUUGUCAGGAAGGCAUAUACUGUCAACCUGAACCUGUGGGCGAUUGCUUCGCUUGCAACUGCGAAACUCCUUGUUCGGACGUGCUGGGAAAAUUCUGCUGCCAACCGCGGGAAGGCGAAGCUUGCACCCGCCGCUGGGUGCGCGGAAGCUGCCCCGUCUGCAAGUGUGACCCGUGUCCUCCACCGACCGAUUGCCCGGACGAAUGCCUGGUCGUCAAUCUGGACGCAGGGUGUCGCUCCGUCUGUGUCUGUUCCACGAAAGCCGGAGCGCCAUACGUGUUCUUGGGCGCCCACAACGUCACCUUACCACCUGUGUUACUGAACGCGACGGCAGGUGGCACUGGGGAGGUCGCAUUCGUAGCAGACGACGAAGUGGAGCGCGCUGUGACUGCGAUACCAGAGGGCGUCGUAGCGGAAGAAUAGAACGCACCAACCUGCUUAAGCCUAACUGGUAUAGGCUCUCAUUUACUACGCGAUAUUAAUAUGCAAAAAAACACUCAGUUAGCUGUACAUAUAGCGUUGCGGCUUAUAUUUGCUUCCACAGUUGAGAAAUAGCCGUGCUGCGAAAGUCCAUUUAGUUAGACACUUCCCGUGUAGCUUGUACUAUUCCAGCUAUUCCAGCCGACUGUUCCAGCUGACUAUUCCAGCUGCGAUGAAAUGACGGCAGCGUUCCUUGUUCGUGUAAUCGAUGAAUCCGAAAAUUGCAUCCCCAAUGUCAGGAGUUGUUUUUCCGCUGUCAGUCAACGUCACAAGGGCUUAUGGCUAAUGCGAAGAUUGUUCAUUCCAUGUAAUUGCGAGACGCGCCUAUUUAAGGCCUCUGCAGGCCAGUGUUGGUGACUGUACGGAAUUCGCUGUAAUAUGUUUUCUUUUAUUUUUUUAUUCUUCUUUCUUUUUUUGAUCGUGCACACUUCUUCCUCUGUAUAGUAUGGCAGGUACACAAAGAGAGUAUCAAGUCCAAAAAAGCUUGUACGUAUUAAAUUUAGAAAGCUUCA